AUGGUUGAAAAUUCAAUUAAUCACGCCAAGAAAACUUUCCAAUAUCAAACUCAACUUCCAAAAUUACCAAUACCUCCCUUAGAAGACACUCUCAAAAGAUAUCUUGCUGUUGUCAAACCUCUUCAGAGAGAAAAAGACCAUUUGCAGACCAUUGCAGCAGUUGAACAAUUUCUCGAAAAGGAGGGUCCUCAGCUUCAAGAUAAGCUUAAUACUUAUGCUACUGAUAAGUCUAGUUAUAUUGAAGAAUUUUGGUAUGACUCUUACCUUAACUAUUCCGAUCCGGUUGUUUUGAACCUGAACCCAUUUUUUGUCUUGGAGGAUGAUCCAACGCCUGCGAAAAAUAAUCAAAUAGUUCGUGCGGCCUCUUUAGUUCUUUCUUCUUUAAAAUUUAUUCAUGCUUUAAGAAACGAAACUCUUGAACCCGAUGUGUUUAGGGGAACUCCCCUUUGUAUGUCACAAUUUAAGCGAAUGUUUGGAACAGCUCGUUUACCAUCUGAUAAUGGAUGCAUAAUGAACACUGAUCAUGAAUCCAGGCAUAUUGUGGUUUUAUGUCGUGGGCAAUUUUAUUGGUUUGACGUAUUGAAAGAGAAUAAUGAUGUUGGAAUUAGCGAAAAAGAACUUGUGACCAAUCUCAAAACGAUUAAAAAGGAUGCCUCUGGUGUCCCAAUUGUCGACGUUGCAAAACAUGCGGUUGGUAUCCUUUCAACCGAAAAUCGUAGAAUUUGGGCAGAUCUUAGAGAUAUAUUAGAGAAGUCGUCAGAAAAUAAUAAGGAUGCGUUAAGAGUUCUAGAUUCAGCUUUGUUUAUAGUUUGUUUAGAUGAAGUUUCACCCGCUACUGGCGACGAACUUGCGACAAAUAUGCUCUGUGGAACAUACGAUAUACAACAAGGUGUACAAUGUGGAACUUGUGCCAAUCGUUGGUACGAUAAAUUACAAAUCAUUGUCUGUGAGAAUGGUUCGGCCGGUGUAAAUUUUGAACAUACUGGGGUUGAUGGUCAUACUGUUUUACGUUUUGUCUCAGAUAUUUAUACUGAUACCAUAUUACGGUUUGCACAAACAAUCAAUAGUCAUACAAAAUCUCUGUUUCAUUCAUCAUCUCCUCAUAGCAAUAAACAUAGCAAUGGUUUAUCAGUUUUGGACUCAACUCCAAAGAAACUUGAAUGGACUCUUACGCCCGAAGUUCAUAUCGGCAUUAGAUUCGCCGAAUCAAGAUUAAGUGAUCUUAUAUUGCAGAAUGAAGUUAAAGUUCUCGAGUUUGAUAAAUAUGGAAAAAGUUUUAUCACAAGCAGUCAAAUGAGUCCGGAUGGUUUUGUUCAGAUGGCUUUCCAAGCUGCAUAUUAUGGCCUUUACGGAUCAAUUGAAUGUGUUUAUGAGCCAGCGAUGACAAAAGCAUUCCUUCAUGGACGAACUGAAGCAGUUCAUCCGGUUACAACAGAAUCUGUUGAAUUUUUAAAGAUUUGGUGGACUGAUGCAUCUGGUUCGGAAAAACUCAAGGCUUUACGUAAGGCUAUUCAAGCUCAUGUAAACUUGACAAAAAUGUGUGCAAAAGGUCUUGGGCAAGACAGACAUUUAUAUGCUUUGCAAUGCGUAUGGCAAAGAGAGGUUGGCAAUGCCGCAAAUUGCGAAGAAAAAUUACCAGCGAUAUUUAAAGAUAUGGGUUGGCAAACUCUAAACCAUACCGUACUAAGUACAAGUAAUUGUGGUAAUCCUGCUUUAAGGUUAUUCGGAUUUGGUCCCGUUGUUGCGGAUGGUUUUGGUAUAGGUUACAUCAUCAAGGAUGAGGGGAUUGCGACGCGUCGCUUCCUCCAAACUCUUGAGAAUUACCUUAAUGAUGUUCGCUUUUUAAUUUUAUCAGAAAGACGAAAUCCUGGUUUAACACGUAUCUUAUCUGAUGAUGAAAAAGUUAGCAUGCUUUCAGGAUAUGGUUAUUUCGAUGCUGGUGGUAUCGAUGCAUUACUUGAGCAUCGUUUGGAUGAGAAGAGAGAAGGAAUGAAAAGAGUUGGCAAAGCAUUAAAACUUAUAGAUUAUUAA